AUGGAUACGGAACAGCAGAAAAUAAUUGCGUAUAUAACGCCUGCUUCCAUCGACCAAGAUGGUCAUUACGGGCGAAGCUUGAGUUGGCUUAGGUACAGGGCUCGUGGUGGAUUCCCAACGAUUACUCGCGAGUCUGGCUGCGGGGUUAAAUAUGAGGAUGACUCCUUGGAUUCUGUUGAUGCGACUGGCAGCGGCGGUAAUUUUGAGAGUGAUUGCGGCAGACUGGGAAGUGGGUUUCAAAUCGAUGUCUGCGGUCAAGCAGAGCGACAGCGCCAAAAGGUGGUCCAAGAAAAAUUUUAUCUCCGCACUUUUUUCGUCGGGGGGUUGAGAAUAUGA